UCCCAGCUGUUAUGUCACCGUGUCCGUUACGUAGCUCAUUCGACCCCAACAAGACAACAUUGAAGGGUCCUCGGUAAUUUAGACCUCAAUGACUGAAUAUAAGAUAUGCAGUUGACAAAGGAUAUUUUUACUGCAACGAACCACUGUAACAACCAACUGGCUAGAGCAGCAGCGAGCAGCUGUCAGACCGGAGAGACAACCGGAUGUGUCCCCAGUAGUACAAAGGAUGUAGAAAAAUCAUUCCGGUCACUCUUAAUUUGUGUAGCUACUGCAGCAAAGAUGAGUGAAUCUGAGGAACGAACAGCCGCCUCCCCCAAGUUCCAGCGCUGCUUCAUGGAGAGAAAAAUGAGUGCCAUGGCCUGCACCAUUUUCAAUGAGCUCCGUCUGGAGGGCAAGCUGUGUGAUGUGGUCAUCAAAAUUAACGGGAUGGAGUUUAAUGCUCACAAGAACAUUCUCUGUAGUUGCAGUGCCUACUUCCGAGCAUUAUUCACCAGCGAGUGGAACAACUCAGAGAGGCGAGUCUACGGUAUCCCUGGCGUUUCCCCCGACAUGAUGCGCCUCAUCAUCGAGUAUGCCUACACGCGCACCAUCCCUGUCACGACCGAGAACGUGCAACAGCUCCUGGCAGCCGCAGACCAGUUCUCCAUCAUGGGCAUUGUGCGCGCCUGCUGUGACUUCCUGGAGGGCAUGAUGUGCCUGCAGAACUGCAUUGGCAUCUGCAAGUUCGCCGACUUCUACUCAUGCGCCGAGCUACGCCGGCGCGCCUACGUCUACAUCCUGCACAACUUCGAGGACAUGGUGAGGGUCUCCGAGGAGUUCAUGGAGCUGUCCCUGUCUGAGCUGUGCGGGAUCAUCGAGAAGGACGAGCUGAACGCGAAGCAGGAAGAGGUGGUCUACGAGGCCGUGCAGCGAUGGAUCGCUCAUGAGCCCCAGCAGAGGAAGAAACACAUCGUUGUGCUGCUGCCCAAGGUUCGUUUGGCCUUGAUGACGGCUGAUUACUUCAUGAACAACGUGAAGAACAACACGCUGGUGAAGGACAACGAAGAGUGUAAGCCUGUCAUCAUCAAUGCCCUGAAGGCAAUGUAUGACCUCAACAUGAACGGCCCUUCCAAUGACUUCACCAACCCUCUGACCCGUCCUCGCCUUCCUUACGCUAUCCUAUUGGCCAUCGGUGGAUGGAGUGGCGGCAGCCCCACCAAUGGGAUUGAGGCGUACGAUGCCAGGGCGGACCGCUGGGUGACUGUGACCCGUGAGGAGGAGAGCCCACGGGCCUAUCACGGUGCAGCCUACCUGAAUGGCUUUGUGUACUGCGUCGGCGGGUUCGACAGUGUGGACUACUUCAACAGCGUGCGCAAGUUCAACCCCAUCACCCGCACCUGGCACCAGGUGGCGCCCAUGCACUCGCGCCGCUGCUACGUGAGCGUGACGGUACUGGACGGCUGCAUCUAUGCCAUGGGCGGCUUCGACGGCUACAUGCGCCUGAACACGGCCGAGCGCUAUGAGCCCGAGACCAACCAAUGGACCCUCAUCGCCACCAUGCACGAGCAGAGGAGUGACGCCAGUGCCACGACCCUGCAUGGCAAGGUGUACAUUGGUGGUGGUUUCAACGGGAAUGAGUGCCUGUUCACGGCAGAGUGCUACAACCCCCAAACCAACCAGUGGACGCUGAUCGCUCCGAUGAGGAGCCGGCGCAGUGGAGUGGGAGUGAUCGCAUAUGGGGAGCAUGUGUAUGCGGUUGGAGGCUUUGAUGGUGCCAACCGUUUGCGAAAUGCAGAGGCCUACAACCCUGUGACCAACACUUGGCGCGCCGUGCCAACCAUGUUCAACCCACGCAGCAAUUUUGGGAUUGAGGUUGUGGAUGACCUGCUGUUUGUGGUGGGUGGCUUUAACGGAUUCACUACCACAUUCAAUGUGGAGUGCUAUGAUGAAAAGACAGACGAAUGGUACGAUGCCCACGACAUGGGCAUUUUCCGCAGCGCCCUGAGCUGCUGUGUGGUGCCAGGCCUGCCCAACGUGGCAGAGUAUGCCGCCCCCCGCGAUGCCAUGCAGACCCCGAGGGAGGAACUUAAACUGUCCACCUCCAACAGCAUUCUGUCUGUUUGAGAACCUGGACCAAUGUCCCUCUCUCUUAACUAGACACAGGCACCCACCAGACAUUAAUAAAAUGCUCCAAGCUCCUCCCAAAGUGCUCAGGGGGGGGGAAAAUAACCAAGGCAGACACAAAUUAGAAGUUCUAUUUAUUUUUUUUAUUGCAUCCAUAUAUUUUUCUAUUUCUUCUUAAAGAGGGUGGGGUUCAUGAUACAGGCGACCGUCAUUUACACUUUUGCUGGUUUGAAGUAUGGACAUGGAUUUAGUGUCUGUUGCAUGAAUUUCUUUAGACAGCACUUACCACUAAAUGGAAAAAAAUCUAUUAAAAAUUAUUUCAUUUCA